AUGGACAACAGAGACAACACAAUUCAGGAAGAUGUGCAGCUGGAACCAAUCCAAUCUGGAGGAAUGCAAAAGACAAAGGAGGAAUAUCUGCAUAAUUGUGAAAAAUGCAAAGAGCUGGCUAAGCUGAAAUCGGUGGGAAAAUGUGAUAUGGAUCCUCGAGAGAGCCAGAGAAUGACGGUUCGUCUUGCUGGUUACCAGGAACUGCCGUUCAUGAAAGGUGCAGAGAAGUAUCAACUACAAUACUAUCCGGAUGCGGAGAUGGAGCCGUACUCAUGGCCUGCUGGAUAUAUUCUACGAGUCAAAGAGCAGGAGGAACUGUUUCAGAAAUCGGAGAAAGCAGAACCAAGCAAGUUUUUUAAUGAUACCAAAAUCCCAUCAAACUUUACUGCAGUAGCCAAGGUGUUUGACUGCCUAAAGGAAGAAUUAAAAGAAUCCAAAAUCCCAAGCUUCAUCACUUAUGACUAUGAUUUCGCCGCAACGUUCUACCGAGCUAUGGGGAAUAAAAGAAAUGAUCAGAAACUUUGGAAGAGAAAAGGUUUUGAUUUGGUGCAGGGUGAUCAUGACGUUUGCGGGAUUUUAUUAGAUAAAAACCGGGUAGUUGUACUCUUCCUUGAGGUCAAGAGCAGAAAAAGAACAGAUAACGCCAAACACCCUCUCAAUGAACUUGUAGGAAAAGCAGAGGAUCAACUCAAAAAGAGUGAACGUGUUUUCAAACAGAUCGUCGGUGCUACUGCAUUUCCACGCCUUUUCCUUUGCAGUUUAAUUGCUUUCCCAUAUCUGUCAAAACGUGAUAUUGCAGUUUCCUUGAGUUGUACUUGCAACUGUAGCAUCCUUACAUCGGAUGAUCUAGAAUCUCGUACUUCCUUCAAGGAGUUUCUUAUAAAAAAUGAGGUUUAUGUCACAAGGGAUGGUGUGCAACACCCAGAAGCCAAGGCCUGUUAUUUGGAUGUGAUGAGGACAUAUGUUGCAGCCUCUGCAUCUGUGAAGGGAAUGCCAAGAACAGAGAAAGAUCUCCACGAAAGCAUCGACGAACGAAUGAAGAGAGCAUUGAUUCUUCUCACGCCUCAUCAGAAGAUGAUCUUGCAGUAUUCAGAUCGUCGGGUCCUUUUUCUAGCAGGGGGGCAAGGUACUGGGAAGACCUAUUUGCUUCUCGAAAGAGCCCAGCGACUGGCCGAAAGGGACGAAAAAGUGAUAAUUAUCAAUAUGUCCGGGGGAGAGCUGAGUAGUUCCAUUAAAAAGUGGCGGGAGUCCAAUGAAUUUAAACUGAACAUGAAAGUCAUGGAUUCGACAGAUUUUCCCGACAGCAAUAAAAAUGAUUUGGAGUAUUUCCUUGAAAAAAUCAAUGUCUAUACAGAUAGUCAUAUCCUGAUUGAUGAAAUGCAGGUCAUAUUCGGCAUAAGUCAAAUGAGUCAAAAGAAUCCGACUCAGAUAGGGCUAGAGUGGAAAAAGUUUUCAGAGAGAACGAAAUGCAAAAGUGUUUGGAUCGUCUGGCGUGCCAGCGACGCUGAAUACCGCGAGACUCUUGAUAUACAUGGAGUAAUCGGUUCCUUGGGAGGAGACAAAGUAGAACGCCUGACCGAGAUAAAACGAAAUACACAGCCACUGGGAGAGUUCGUGGUAGAAGUGACUCAAUUUAUUCAAAAGAGGUUUCCAUGCGAGAGAUACCUCCCCAUGCAAGGCUUGGAAUAUGGAUGGGGUAAUAAGGAGGAUCCAGGCGGGGAAAAUCGAAUACCCCUUGUUGUUGUCAUUCCUACUGACUCGGAAGAAUAUUGUGCAUACGAAUUCGCAUCGUCCGCUGUUGCCGAGAUCCAAUCCUCACUAAAGAACUCCCAACUUGUCGCCAUUAUAACAAGAAAGGACUGGGAAAGGAAUAUCCUAGUACGAGAACUCAGAGACCGCUUCGCACAAAAUGUAGCCUUCCUUGAUUUAGAAGGAAAACUCCGUGGAGACCCCAAUCCAAAAUUCUUGGCAUUCCAUGAACAUCAAGUGACUGGGGUAUCAUUCCAGGAUCUUAUUCUCUUGGAUGAUGGAAAGAUAUUCUAUAACUCUUGGUCCCGUGUGGUUGGAAUGGCCCAACAAUCCCUCCACGUCGUCACAACAGAUCCAUUUCCGACUAGCCACUGGGAAGAACCUGAACAUCAGGGCCUCAUCUCGCAUGACAUUCUAAGAAAGCCGUAUCAACGAUCUAAGCGAGAAUUGGGUUUGAACACAGAAGAUGCGAAAGACAUCCACGACCUCCUUCAACAUCAUGGACUGGAGACCCAUAAAUCUCCAGAUCCCCGAGUGAUUGAAGCACUCCUGGGGAAGAUGCUGAAAAAACAGAAGGAAAAGAAGCGCAAACUCCAUGUAGCAUUUGCAAAUGCCCCUAUACAUCCCAUUGGAGCUGGACAAGGAGACACAGAUGGGUUGAGGAAAGAAUGGGAAUCUAUUAUUGGAUCCCUCUUGUCCCAUGAUUCUCUUGGUUCUCUUAUCAUCGCCUUUCAACCAUUCGUUGAAUAUGCCACGACCACAUUCGAUGUGCAAAAGUUCAAGGAGGCAUUUCAGCUCACUCCAGAAAAAGGGGUGAGUAUUAUCGUGAAUGAAGUUUGUGGGGAUGUGGGGUUCCCCCACCUCCUACGUCACGUUCGCCAGUACGAAUCACCUCGUGAGCUAAAGGUGAAGUACGGAACCCUCAACACGAGGUCCCAGCCCUCCUCCCUUGUGCUUGGGGUAAAACCUGAAUUCAUCAUACCUCCUCUCGAGGCUCACUGCCAUGGCAGAUUCCAAUGCAUUGGUGGUCGAGGAUGCGUUGCCAUUACUGCUGUUGCGUCCCUUGCCUCCAAACCGCUUGUACGUUCUUGUCUUCUUCCUUUCUUCCAUUUCUUGAAACUUCAGCCCCAACAAGCCUUCCAAACCCAAAAAGUGAAGUAA